AUGGCUGCUCUAGGUCAGGCGCCCAGGUCUCCCUCCCCGCAGCAGGGAGCAGGCACGGCGCACACGCAGCUGCAGCAGGGAGCACGCACGGCGCACACGCAGCUGCAGCAGGGAGCAGGCACGGCGCACACGCAGCUGCAGCAGGGAGCAGGCACGGCGCACACGCAGCUGCAGCAGGGAGCAGGCACGGCGCACACGCAGCUGCAGCAGGGAGCAGGCACGGCGCACACGCAGCUGCAGCAGGGAGCACGCACGGCGCACACGCAGCUGCAGCAGGGAGCACGCACGGCGCACACGCAGCUGCAGCAGGGAGCAGGCACGGCGCACACGCAGCUGCAGCAGGGAGCAGGCACGGCGCACACGCAGCUGCAGCAGGGAGCACGCACGGCGCACACGCAGCUGCAGCAGGGAGCAGGCACGGCGCACACGCAGCUGCAGCAGGGAGCACGCACGGCGCACACGCAGCUGCAGCAGGGAGCACGCACGGCGCACACGCAGCUGCAGCAGGGAGCACGCACGGCGCACACGCAGCUGCAGCAGGGAGCAGGCACGGCGCACACGCAGCUGCAGCAGGGAGCAGGCACGGCUCACACGCAGCUGCAGCAGGGAGCACGCACGGCGCACACGCAGCUGCAGCAGGGAGCACGCACGGCGCACACGCAGCUGCAGCAGGGAGCAGGCACGGCGCACACGCAGCUGCAGCAGGGAGCACGCACGGCGCACACGCAGCUGCAGCAGGGAGCAGGCACGGCGCACACGCAGCUGCAGCAGGGAGCAGGCACGGCGCACACGCAGCUGCAGCAGGGAGCAGGCACGGCGCACACGCAGCUGCAGCAGGGAGCAGGCACGGCGCACACGCAGCUGCAGCAGGGAGCACGCACGGCGCACACGCAGCUGCAGCAGGGAGCACGCACGGCGCACACGCAGCUGCAGCAGGGAGCAGGCACGGCGCACACGCAGCUGCAGCAGGGAGCAGGCACGGCGCACACGCAGCUGCAGCAGGGAGCACGCACGGCGCACACGCAGCUGCAGCAGGGAGCACGCACGCGCGCACACGCAGCUGCAGCAGGGAGCAGGCACGGCGCACACGCAGCUGCAGCAGGGAGCACGCACGGCGCACACGCAGCUGCAGCAGGGAGCAGGCACGGCGCACACGCAGCUGCAGCAGGGAGCAGGCACGGCGCACACGCAGCUGCAGCAGGGAGCAGGCACGGCGCACACGCAGCUGCAGCAGGGAGCAGGCACGGCGCACACGCAGCUGCAGCAGGGAGCAGGCACGGCGCACACGCAGCUGCAGCAGGGAGCACGCACGGCGCACACGCAGCUGCAGCAGGGAGCACGCACGGCGCACACGCAGCUGCAGCAGGGAGCAGCACGGCGCACACGCAGCUGCAGCAGGGAGCAGGCACGGCGCACACGCAGCUGCAGCAGGGAGCACGCACGGCGCACACGCAGCUGCAGCAGGGAGCACGCACGGCGCACACGCAGCUGCAGCAGGGAGCAGGCACGGCGCACACGCAGCUGCAGCAGGGAGCACGCACGGCGCACACGCAGCUGCAGCAGGGAGCAGGCCGGCGCACACGCAGCUGCAGCAGGGAGCAGGCACGGCGCACACGCAGCUGCAGCAGGGAGCAGGCACGGCGCACACGCAGCUGCAGCAGGGAGCAGGCACGGCGCACACGCAGCUGCAGCAGGGAGCAGGCACGGCGCACACGCAGCUGCAGCAGGGAGCAGGCACGGCGCACACGCAGCUGCAGCAGGGAGCAGGCACGGCGCACACGCAGCUGCAGCAGGGAGCAGGCACGGCGCACACGCAGCUGCAGCAGGGAGCAGGCACGGCGCACACGCAGCUGCAGCAGGGAGCACGCACGGCGCACACGCAGCUGCAGCAGGGAGCACGCACGGCGCACACGCAGCUGCAGCAGGGAGCAGGCACGGCGCACACGCAGCUGCAGCAGGGAGCAGGCACGGCGCACACGCAGCUGCAGCAGGGAGCACGCACGGCGCACACGCAGCUGCAGCAGGGAGCAGGCACGGCGCACACGCAGCUGCAGCAGGGAGCAGGCACGGCGCACACGCAGCGCGGGCAGCACGGCGCACACGCAGCUGCAGCAGGAGCAGGCACGGCGCACACGCAGCUGCAGCAGGGAGCAGGCACGGCGCACACGCAGCUGCAGCAGGGAGCACGCACGGCGCACACGCAGCUGCAGCCAUUGGGGACACAGCAGCAUCACGAGCAGCAAAAUGGCCGCGCGUCUAAAGACUGACUCCACAGCGCUUUGA